AUGCUGCUCAUUUACGGAGCGACAGGUUACACUGGUCGUCUGGCUAGCCGACAUGCCAAACAGCUCAGCCUGGACUUCACAAUUGCUGGUCGCACAAGCAGCAUCAAGACACGGGAGUUUGCCUCUGAGCUUGACGUCUCCUAUCGCUUAUUUGACGCUGACCAGUCCGAUGAUAUUGACGCCUCUCUGGACGGAAUAUCUGUCCUACUCAACUGCGCGGGCCCCUUUUUUCGAACUGCCGGACCACUGAUAUCCGCCUGCAUGCGAAACGGUGUGCACUACUUGGACAUUGCCGCGGAACUCGACAGCUAUAGAUUAGCGGAGAGACAUGACGGCGAGGCGAAAACUGUCGGGGUGAUGCUUCUACCCGGAUGCGGUGGUAGCGUGGCCAUGUUGGGUUGCUUAGCCGCCCACGCCCUCGACCACGUCAAAAAACCAACACGCAUCGAUAUCUCCAUCUGCGUCACUGGUGCCAUAUCACGCGGCUCGGCCAUCAGUGCUUCCGAAAACAUGACGGCCGAAUGUCUUCAGCGCCUAGAUGGGGAGCUGGUCAAGGCUGAGACAAGCAACACCAUACAACUCGACUUUGACAACAGCCACGGCAAUGUGACAAACUAUCCUGUGACUCUUCCGGACCUCAUCACAAUUUGGAAGUCAACCGGCGUUCGAAACAUUCGCACAUUCAUCCACGUUGCUGGCGAAGCCUUCUCUCGUGGUGAUUUGUCCAAGCUGCCAGACGGUCCGACGCAGAAGCAAAGAGAGGAAACGCCAUACCAUGCUGCUGUGGAAGUUGUGGGCGAGAAUGAGACGGUUGCAAGAGCGGUUCUGCACACGGUGAAUGGGUAUACAUUUACAGGUGUGGCGUCGGUCGAGGCCGCAAAGAGAGUGCUGGCCGGGUCGGCCAAGGCUGGCUUCCAAACGCCUGCUGACAUUUUCGGAAAGAAUUUCCUCGACGCGAUUCCAGGUACACAGAUUAAAGACAUGUAA